AUGGGUGAUGAGAUUAUUGAAAAGUAUCUAAUAACCAAAGUAAACAAAGACCUUGAAGAACUAGAGCAAGCCCAAGAGCCUUUGCUAGCCAAAUUAUUAUCCAAUCUGCCUUCCACGUUCAAGGAAUUGAAGAAAUCGCUCGAACAACCAACCACCUCCACCGAUUCAAAUCCAACAAAAUUCAACAGAGAAAAGCUCUACAAUCUCAGUAACAUCUUGACUGAGAUGCAAAUGCAGAAUAAGAAGAAGACUCACGGUAUUGAAUCAGUGCUUUUCUACAAGUUUGCUAGGAGCUUAGACAAGAUCAAAGGCGAACCUCGCGAGAAAGACAACAAUCACAUACAAACAAAUGAAGCAAACUCGGCUGAAUCAGAAACAGAAUCUUUCCGAUUGAGUACUCGAUCGGUGGACGAAACCAAGGUUCACGGGCUCGACGACAAGGCCGUGUCAAUGCAGAGGCUGCUCGUCCCCAGCAACAACAACAACACCGAUGUUCGGUUCAAUGUAAUUGGGAUUGUGGGUAUGCGAGGAAUUGGGAAAACAACACUAUGCCAAUUGAUUUUCAACAAGAAAAAAGUGAGGACUCAUUUCCUUCCCAGAAUCUGGGUGUGUUUGUCAUCACAGCCCCGGGACAAUGAGGACUUCAGGAAGGAGACAGUGAAGAGAAUCUUGACCUAUCUUGGUGUCCAAGAAGAGAUCAUCAAUUCGGCCAAUGAAAGUCACGGCCUCAAAGGUUUGCUUUUCGCUCUACGACUGCAAUUGAUGGGCAAGAGGUACUUAAUUGUGCUCGACGAUGUUUGGAACACAGAAGAUCAGUAUAAAAAUUUCUGUACUUCUAUAUUUGAUGAUGAAAAAUGCAGUGAAAGGCUUGCCUAUGGAUUGCCGAAAGGGUUUGGGGGAACGGUGAUCGUGACGAGCAGGACCGAGGAAAUGGCGAAGGGAAUGGUUGGUAAAGAGAACUUGCAUCGGAUUCUGCAGCUUUUGGAUCCAGAGAGCUGUUGGAAGAUCUUCAAAGACGCGGUUGACAAAGACGGUGAAGUGUUCUCGGUACAACUGGAAAGUCUGAAAGAUAAAAUUGUAGAGAAGUGUGCUGGGCUUCCGUUGGCGGCAAAAAUGAUGGGGCAGAUUGCUCAUGAUGAAUUGCUUAUAAGGAAACAAAGGGUUGUUGAGAGCCAGCAAGACGAGAGUCCCCAAGAAUUGGAGCCACUAAUAAACUGA